GCAUGAACCAAGAUUAUGGAGAUAUUGAUUAUAAAGAGCUAACAUGACGGCGCAAAUACUCGCCUCAGAGCUUGCCAAUCUUAUCCAGGAGAGCAAAAGGAAGCAUACAGAUCUGAGAAAUGCUGCAGAAAAGUCUCUGGAUGAGCUGAAGGGCCUACGCUCUACCUCUGAGGCUCAAAUAGCCGCCGAUCUUAAAAAGAGGCCCAAUUUCGUGACACCCUUUCUCAUUGCCUGUGGCACCAAGAAUGCCAAGUACACGGGAAUUGCAGUCGUGUGCUUGCAACGACUCGUCGUGUCACGUGGACUUCCCAAAUCAAGGCUGAGGGAAGUCCUGGAGGCGCUUCGAGAGGCAACAUCCUCUGGUCUGGAUGUUCAGCUCAAGAUCCUUCAGGCUUUGCCUUCCCUUCUUCAGAAUUAUGCGGACGACUUGAAGGGAGAUCUGUUAGCAACCUCGUUGAACCUUUGCACUAUCCUGCAAGCGAGCAAGAAUGGGAUAGUCAAUAAUACUGCUGCCGCAACUUUACAGCAACUCGUGGUGUCAGUUUUUGACAAGGUUGUGGCUGAAGAUAAGAUAUCACUCGAAGUUCCCACAGUUGGCGACGUUCGUACUGAAAAUGGGUCAAUACGAGUUCGAGCGGCUGCGCUGGAUGCGCACAGAGUAUUCGAUGAUUUGUGUCUCCUGACCGAAGCUCAAAAGCCUCAGUUCCUCAAGUCUGCAGGCCUACCUCAGACUUUUGGCCUCGAGUUGAUUGAAUCAGUUCUGACAAAUCAUGCGGAGAUAUUUCUGACACAUCCAGAACAAGCUGAUAUCCUUCGUACGAGGGUCAUGCCAUUCAUCAUUAGCUCUCUCUCAGAUAAGUUGAAUUUUGCCGUGACUGUGAGAAUCGUGCGAAUUCUUUACAUUCUCCUCAGAAGACAUCUUAGCAUUCUCGCCUCUGAGGGUGAAAUGGCCCUUGGCCUACUCACACACAUGCUUGACCAAGAUACUGCUAUGUGGAAAAGGUCAUUGUGCAUGGAAGUCUUGAGGGGAGUAUUCGCAGAAGGCGCCCUUAUACGACGGAUCUUUGCAAUGUAUGAUGCAAACGGCAGGAAGCCAAUCUUACGAGAUCUUGUUGCAGCUUUUGUCAGAAUCAGCACAGAGAAGCCGUCACUGAUUGGCCUAAGCCACCAGUCCACAAUACCUAUAGCAAGUCAAGGUGACACUGGAGGGUCUGAUCCGGUCGUGCUUGAAGCUAGUGUGAUUCCCGGUAUCAUUAGUAGUUCCGCGAGCUCCAGUGAGCCUGAAGCAGGGAUUAGUACACAAUGGAGCACAAUGAGGGUGCCUUGCAUUGACCAACUGGACAAAACAGACCCUCCUUCAAUUCCUGAGUCUUAUAUAUACAGCCUAACGCUGGCCUGUAUUAGUGGCUUUUCUGAAGGACUGGCGAAAUUCAUCUUGCCGCUUACUGUUCCCGAGAGACCUCGCAAGAAGGCAAGGCAACCAGAGGGAGACUCCAAACCGUCGGAUACAGCACCUCCAACCCCCAUUUCUCAAGGCACUCUUGAAAGGCAACCUUCGUUCAAAAAGAACCCGGUUCCCGCCAAUCCGUUGCUACUCGAGGAUCACCCGCUACAUGAAGACGUGAAAAUAUGUGCAGGCAUCGUGGAAGAAUGUUGGCCCGCAGUAUUGGCAACAUGCUCAACAUUCCUGUAUUCUGCACUUGACUCAGAAUAUUAUCAUGGUCUGGUUAGAUCAUUUCAAAAGUUCACUCACGUAGCCGGGCUCCUACGCCUUGCAACUCCCAGGGACGCCUUCCUAACGACUUUAGGAAAAGCUGCAGUACCCGCGAAUGUCUUGACAGCCAGCACAACUCAGAACCCAGUCCCGCCGACCCCACCGGCGGAGAGCCCUAGCAUGUUUAGCAAUGCAAGAGGUCUUUUGAGCGUUGAUUCGUUAGUUGGGGGUUCCUCCCCAUCUGAACGUGGAAGACAAAGCUCUGUUGAUGCAGGUCAACCUUCUUCUCUGAACACCCGCAAUUUAUUGUGCUUGCGAGCCCUCCUCAACUUGGGCAUUGCUCUUGGCCCAACACUAGACAGUGCAUGGGUGAUCAUUCUAGGGACUCUUCAAGAAGCCGACCUGGUACUAUUUUCAAGCAGUAAAUCAGCCAGGUCCUUGGCUUCUUCCCAGAAACUCGGGGGUCAGAAUACCAGUGAUGGCUCUUCGCUCUUAGCAAAUUUUGGCACCGAGAUCAAAGCUGUUGAGACAGCUGCCUCAAGAUUGCUAGAGAGCACGAUCGAUUUUCCAAAUGAAGCAUUCUUGGAGGUCGUCGAGGCGUUGUGCAAGCUAUUUAGAAAUGAUGAUGAGUCUAAAUUAGAGGGUCUAGGUAUUUCAAUGCCAUCGUCGCCACGGCCGGCUCAAACUCAUCGGAGGGUUCAUAGCUUCAAUGCUGCCCCAGUUACUCAAAAUCAGGAGGAUCUAUUUGCAUUGGCCAAACUGGGGGAAGUCGCCAGUAUCAAUAUCGAUCGCCUUAUGUCCUACAACCCGGAUGUCAGUGGAUGGACAACUUUGACAUCAGAAUUGAUAACGGCCGCUUGCUCUUCUUCGAUGGCAUCGUCUGUCCGAUUGAGAGCGGCGGAAAUACUUGUACGAGUUGUUCUUGAAUCUGCCGCAGCAUCGUUGUCAUUGCCAGGCGAAACACGGGGCAUAGUUCAGCUACGGCUAUUGGAGGCCUACAGUCGAGCUUUGAAACCGCUGCAAUCAGACAAACGCGAGGUGCUAGUUUCGACUCAUACAGCCGAUGUCGAUGUUCACAGAGUUAUUCUUGAAGGUCUCAAGAGUGUUCUAGAACAAUGCGGUGAAAGUUUUAUCAGCGGUUGGGAGAUUGCUUUCGAAAUUAUCGGAAGUGUCUUCGUGGAGAAUUCCCUGGAGGACAAGAGCCAAAAUAACACCAGAGUCGAUACAAGGUCUCCCCGGUUGAUCAGAUCAGCGUUCAACUCGCUCCAACUUAUUUGCUCUGAUUUUCUUUCCUCUCUCCCAAACCCUUGCUUUUUAAUACUCGUCGAUACCCUUUACAAUUUCUGUUCUCAAAAUGAUGAUCUCAAUAUCUCCCUGACGACUGUCACAUUCUUCUGGGUGCUGUCCGACUCUAUUUCCAACAGGACUAGUUCAUUCUCGAUCAACCCUGAUCUCAUUCAGGGAUCUAGUGAGCAGGGUCUCAUAGAGAUGGCAUCCGGCGAUGAUCGUGCCGUUUCUGAUGCUGCAUUAUGGAUGCUGCUACUACUACGAUUGACAGCUGUUGCUACCGAUGAAAGAUUGGAACUCAGGAACAGUGCUAUUCAAACUUUACUCAGGAUCUUCGAUGCAUAUGGAGAUCAAUUGAGUCCUGAGGCUUGGACGAUGUGCCUCCAGAACGUCAUGUUCAAGUUGCUGUCUUCUAUCGAGGAACAACUUCAAAUGACAUAUGAUCCCCAGUCUUCAAUAUCCGAUAAAGAUAAAAUUGGUUGGAACGAGACUACUGUGGUUGUCUUGACUGGCAUCACGAAUCUCUUAGCUGAAUAUCUUGAUAUAUUGUCAGGCCAUCCAACGUUCGACGCUUCAUGGAAGAGCUUGCUGGUGCAUUUCAAAACAUUUCUGGACUUCAAAGUCCUUGAGAUCAACACCGCAGUGUUCAAAUCUUUGAGAGAGAUACUCUCUAAGGGCAACGUUAAUGGGACCAAAAACUUUGAUCAAGUAGGAAUUAAUCUUGCCUGGGAUCUCUGGUCUCAAUCUCUGCCUGCCGUCACAUUGGAGAGAUCAGAUAAGCGCUUGGAUAAUCAGGACUAUUUACUUGCAUAUGUUUCUUCUCUAUCGGAGAUAUAUCGUCUGGUCCAGCCGGAUCUAAACGUUGGUCAAGUAGAGAGAUUGCUGAGUCUCCUUCGCCAAGCUAUACAGCAAGCAAGUGCAGCAACAUAUACUGCAGACAUCGAUUAUCUCACGCCGCUUCAAACUCAGGUUUUGGAAUCACUCAAGAUGGUUCGGAGUGAUAUCGAAGGUGUUCCGUCUUCAUUAAUUAGCCAGGUUGCAGAGUUUGUGGCACUCGCUUUUGAAGUGAAAGCAGCCGACGAAAAACAACGACCAACUUAUGUUGCACUGUCUAAAGCGGCCAUGACGUUGUUAGAAAAGCUCAUACUCUCUCACUCAUCAGAUCAUCACAUAUACACGAGUGGUGCACUGUCGUCCGCUCUAAUUGCGCUCGGAAAGCCAAUCGUGCUCAAGUACUCCUUCCCAAUUACUACCAAGAGCGUUUCACCCUGGCGGCAGGCUACUAGUUCAAGCCUCGCUAUCUUGAAAGCUAUAUUACCAAUCCUCACCCAAGAAAAUCUCAAAGAAGACGUUGUUCGCUCAAUCUGGUCCUCGAUUGUAACUAUCGGCAACGGCAUAACUACAGCUGACUGCGACAACGCCCCCGAAAAUGUCGACAUCAAGUCUGACCAAGACUUCGAUAUAUCCUCCUUUCUCACCCUCCGCCAACUUAUAACGCCUUCUCUCGGCUCACCGGUAAUCCCCGACAAGACUCGAAGAACGUACACCGAGUCGCUCUUCCACAUGUCGCUCAUUCACAUGCCCCAACCCCAAGAAUUGCCUCGAGCCAACCAAGAACUCCUUGCUGGCCUCUACCAACCGCGAAAAGGACGUACUGUUGAUCCUCCGCCUUCACCGCGCUCAGAAAUGAGCUACGUCUGCUUCGAUGAGCUCGUUUCUCUUGUGGCACUACAUGACAGCUCGGCGCCACGCAUCAAGCUCGCUCAAGCUGCAGCCCCCUAUCUCAUACUUAGAGCAGGUCUCACGCUGCGCGCGUAUAUCGCCGACCAGCCACUACGAGGGCGAAUGCCACAGCCUCUAUCACAACGUAAAGAGCUACUUUAUAUCUUGAAAGCGCUGGCAAAAUUGAGGUGUGAGCCAGAUGCGAUUCCAGACACGCCGGGUGUGGAUAGUGAAGGCAAGAAACACUUGCAUCGUUUGUAUCCGUUGUUGGUGAAAGCAGUCAGGGCUGCAGCAAGAGACCAGGAGGUUCUGGAGUGGAUUGGACAAGCGCUCGACGAGGUCGGGAUGGAAUUUGGUGUUUGAUUACGUUGAUGUAGAAGUAAGUUUGUAACAUGUUUGAAGUGACUUGGAGUUGGCUGGACUUGAUUUGAACUUUGUUCUUGAUCGAUUUGGGAUUAACCUGUUAUGGUACUUAUUUAUACCGCUACAUAAUCUGAUCUCUCAGGUGUUCUUGAGUUG